CCCGGCCGUUGUAUAUCGCUCCACUUUCAAAUCCCGCAAAGCCCGAUGUAUGUUGAGCCUCGUCGGGAUUCGGAUGUCAUGGCCUUUGAAGUGAGGGUGGCGUUGUUAGAUGGGUUGGUUUGGGGGAGAUAUGAGAUGGCUCCUCAUUGGCUGCUUUAUACUUCGAACUGCAAGUUCUUUGUUGAUUGUGUAACCUCGUCUUACAUCUAUGUAGACUUUGCCUAUUAUAUAUUUGGAAGCUGGUGGACGAUUUCCUCCUGGCACUUGACGGCGUUAGAAUGGUCGACAUCUUCAGUCAUACAAAUAUGUUCUAGCCGUUGAGGAGGGGAUAGAUUCCGCAAGCUGCACGUGGCAAAUGGGAACACCCAAUUCCCCUGGCACUCUGCGUUCCCCGAAGCCAAAGAUAAAGUAUGCUCAUCUCUGGCGGGACUGAUGUCAUCCUCCGCUAACCCCAUACGGAACAGUGGGGGGUCGUGUCAUUGGCCCAACAAAGAUGUCAUUUAGAGUUUGGAUCUAGUCCGAUAUCGCGCCAAGAGGAAAAAUUCUCCUGCUGCAGGGAUGCGACUAUUUAAGCUUCACAUUUCUUUUUGACUGCAUGCAUUGACAGCGAGACAUCGAUCGCAACUACGUAUCAAGUAUCAUGGCUUCCUCCGACGGUGCGGAGGCCCCCGCCCCCCACACUGCAGCCCAUAAUGAGAAAACCGCCAUCGCGGGCGGCAUCGCAGCGCUGGGCGACGAGGCUCGCCCCAUCGACCCCGAGAUCGAGCGUCGCGUCCUGCGCAAAAUCGACCUCUUCCUCAUGCCAGCGAUGGUCAUCGGCUACGGGCUAGUCUACUACGACAAGGCGAUUCUCGGCAGCGCCGCGCUCUUCGGUAUGACUGCUGAUCUGCAACUGUCUGUCACGGACACCUCGGUGACCCCGCCGCAGACGGAUACGUCGCGACUGAGCUGGGCGACGUCCAUCUUUUACUUUGGGCAGCUUGCGGGGUCGUAUCCGAUGACAUAUCUCCUCCAGUGUUUCAAGACCAGAUAUGUGCUUGGUCCGUCGGUUAUGUUCUGGGCGGUGGUUUGUGCUGCGACGGCGGGGGUGACGAGUUGGAGGGGGUUGCUUGCGCAGCGAUUCUUUUUAGGCUUCACCGAAGCGAUCAUCCCAACAGGCUUCAUGGUAACCGUCAGCGGGUAUUACACGCAGCGUGAGCAGUCGCUCCGACAGAGCUGGUGGUGGUCCGGGACGGGCUGGUUCACCAUCAUCGGCGGCGGGUUCAACUACGGGUUUGCGCAGAUCGAAGGUGGUGCUCUGAAGCCGUGGCAGUAUAUCUAUGUCUUUGCCGGUGUGCUGACGUUCCUCUUCGGAAUCUGGUGCUUCUUCCUCCCGAAUGAUCCCCUGCAUGCGUGGUUCCUUACACCUGAGGAGCGCAUUGUUGCCGUCGAACGGCUACGGGCGAGUCAGUUGGGUGUUAAGAGCCACGAGUUGAAGAAGGGGCAGAUUAAAGAGGCGCUGUUGGAUGUGCGGAUUUGGUUGAUCGCGUUGACCAUGGCUGCUGCGUACGCACCCCCAAAAUCCUCUACUGUUCCUAAGCAACAACUAACCGUCGAUAGAUACACCGUCAACGGCGCCGUCUCGGGCUUCGGCCCCCUCAUCGUCGCAACAUUCGGCUACUCCUCUCUCCAAGCCAUCCUCUUCCAAUUCCCCCUCGGCGCAAUCUCCGGCGUCGGAAUCGUCCUCACGGGCUGGAUCUGCUCGCGCGUCCGCAACAUCCGCAUCUUGUUACUCGUCCUCUGCUGCCUCCCCGUCCUCGCCGGCUUCGUGAUGAUCUGGAAGUCAUCCUGGGGCCAUAAACCCGUCACGCCUGUCGCCGGGUACUCGCUGAUCGGGUUCUUCGGCCCCGUUGUGGGGUUGACAAUUUCGCUCGGUGCGAGUAAUAUCGCGGGUCAGACGAAGAAGAGUUUCAUGGCGAGUGCGAUUUUCGUCGCAUAUUGCGUGGGCAAUAUUGUUGGCCCGCAGCUCAUCAAGAGUCAGCAGAAGGCGGACCAUUACCCCGAGCUGUGGACGGGUUUGAUUAUUUGUUACUGCAUCACAAUUGCUUCCGCAUCCACGCUCGCUGUGCUCUGGUAUCGCGAGAAUAAGCGGCGCGAGGCGCUGGAUCUGGAUGAGAGCGAGCGCGACCGGUUGGCGUUCAAGGAUCUGACCGAUCGCGAGAAUGUGCAUUUCAGAUAUGUUUAUUAGGCCAUGUAUCGAGCCGGAGUGGAAUAUCCUAUCCUUUAGUUGGAUUAUUAUCUUAAUAGUUGACUGUUCCCUGCGCAAAGUUGUGAGGGUUGUCGAAAUAUAUAGUGGCAGGCAACCAAAGGCACAAACGAAUUCAAAUCGAGGGGCACCGGAAGGCAAGCGGACCUAUCCGAAAAUCAAAACAUAAAAAUUCACAAGCACAUCAUUAAAAUAGAAACAAGGUUCCUGCCUGGACUAUAAAACCGUUGCUAAGCAUCAUCCCACAUGGCGGAUGAGCACGGAUCAGGGCACAUCUUCCCACCGGGUGGGCACCUACGUCACAGCACCGUAACCUGAUAAAUCCACAGCACAGACAGGGCAGAGCUUGCGUCGCUGAUUUAAUUCUCCGACGCGAGGGGCAUUCUUGAUUCUAUUCUGCUCGAAAAAGAAAACGCAAAGAACGGCAAAGCAGGGGCAAUGUCGAAAUUCAAACAUCUCCCGCGCGCCGCGCACGGGCCGAUCAAGUGUCCCUACACCGUACGCCAGCCCAACCCAGACCACAUCCUCACUGGGAGACAAAGUCUAACAGGCGCAGGGCGCCAACCUGCUGGGAAACAG